AUGGGUAAGCUGGACAUCAUCGUGCGGAUACUGGAGGUGAUCUUCACCUGUAUCUCCUUCAGCUUGGUGGCAUCGGUGGGUCACAGCACUGACUCCUUCUGGACGUGUUGCAUGUUCACCUGGUGCUUCUGCUUCAGCCUCACCCUCUGCAGACUCUGCAUGGAAUUCCCCAGUCUCAGAGAAACGCUGCCCGACUUCUGCAAUGACUUCGCUGCCGCUUGUGCCAUGUUGUCUACUCUAAUGGUACUGGCAGCGUCCAUCAUCUAUCCGAUCUUCUUCACUUGCCCUAGCUGCGGUAGACAAAUUGGUGCCACUGUUACUUCCUGUCUGGCCUUCAUCCUGCACGCUAUUGAGGUUUGUCUGAUGAAAGCUGAAAAGAACAGUCGAUUUCUGUAUACAGUCCCAGGUUUCCUCAAGAUACUGGAGACCUUCGUGGCUUGCAUCAUCUUCUUUUGCUUGGACUACACUUCGAUCUCAAGGUUUCCAGGACUCCAAUGGUGUGUCGCUGUUUACUCUAUCUGCUCCAUUUUCACAUUCCUUGUCAUUAUUUCUACCAUCUGCCAACUCCUGUCUGCAUGCCCAGAAGCUGUUGGACAGAACAAAGUUCUAACAGUCUGCAACGCGUUGGCAGUGUUAAUGUACAUCACAGCUGUGGUUAUCUGGCCGUUGUACAGCUUCAAGAACAACCCCAGACCCAGCUACUGCUCAAAAGUGGUUACUUGUCCGUGGAAUAAUUUAGUGGUCAUCUCUUUCAUGACCUGUGUUAACCUCAUUGCUUACAUUGUGGAUACAGUUUACUCUUUUAGACUGGUCUUCUCCUAA